UAGCUCAUCACACCAGUCCACCACCCAUCCCCACUCUUUCUCCUCCACCGCCGAGCCUGAGAGUGGAGUGGCACUUGGAGCUCCCUUUCCUCCCAUGUCAACGCAGACAAAAAGAGCAGCCUCCUCCUCCUCCUACUCCUCAUCAUCAUCACCAAGUUUCCUCCUGCCCAUCGCCUUGGCCGUCCCUCGGAUAUAAACCAGCCGCACACAGGUUUCUCCGAAUCACAGAGAAGCGCAGCGGCCACCCUCUUCUUCCCACCCAAGAGCCUUCCCUGAGGUAUAGCACUCGCACCUAGCCAGCCAGCUACUGGCUCUUGUUUGUUUCCGUCUGUUUGUUGCUGCUGCUGCCUGUGUCUCGGUUCAAGAACCAAUUAGAUUCUGUAUGGAGACGCCGCCGGCCAACGGCAGGAAGCGCAAGUGUCCGCCCUCGGGCCUGGAGGACCUCCACGACGACAUGCUGGAGCGCGUCCUCGCGCGCCUCCCGCCGGCCAGCUUCUUCCGCCUCCGCGCGGUCUCCCGCCGGUGGCGCGCGGCGGCCGCGUCCCCGACCUUCCUCGACGCCUGCGCUGGCGUCCCCUCCCGCGACCCGUGGUUCCUCAUGCUCUCCGAGUCCGACCGGCCCCGCCUGGCCGUCGCCUUCGACGCCGCCGAACGCAGCUGGAACCACUGCCGCGCCGCGCCGGGGUCCAUGCCCGUGGCUGCGUCGGGCGGCCUCGUCCUCUACCGUGCGCCGGACACGGGCGCGCUCACCGUCGCCAACCCGCUCACCGGCGCGUCCCGCGCGCUCCCCGCGCCGCCGCAGGGCGGACAACAGCUGCAGGCUAUUGCCAUGUACUGCUCACCCUACCGCGUGGUUCUCUUCAUGGGUGAGCUCCCCGACCUGUCCAUGGCGGUGUUCGACUCGUCCAAGAACUCGUGGGAGGGCCCCGUGCCGCUUGCCCGCAAGUCCGAGGACUCGUCCCCAGACGCGCCGGUGCAGGGCGGCGACGGCGUCGACGACACGGUCUACUUCCUGAGCAAGUCCGGCAACGUGGUGGCCACCAACAUGCAGCGCAGCGCGUCGAAGCAGUACUCCUCGGUGGUCGUGCCGUCCUCCGAGCGCGGCGACGCCGUGGCUUACUUCCUCAGCCACUCGGGCACCGUCGUCGCCUGCGACACGGCGCGCCGCACGUUCACGGAGCUGCCCCGAAUCUUGCCCGUGUACUUCGAGUACUCCAUCGACGUCGUGGCGUGCGACGGCGCCGCCUACGCCGUCGUGCUCUCGGAGUACCUCGACACGGCGAGCCUGCGGGUGUGGGAGUUCGCCGAAGGCGCGUGGCGGCAGGUGGCCGCCAUGCCGCCCGCCAUGUCGCACGGGUUCUACGGCAAGAAGGCCGACAUCAACUGCGUCGGGCACGGCGACCGCGUCAUGGUCUGCGUGAGCUCUGACGACGCCAACGGCUGCUUCAUGUGCGACGUGAGCAGCAACCAGUGGGAGGAGCUGCCCAAGUACAUCAAUGGAGACGGAGAGGCCAACGAGUUUUUGGCCGCCUUCUCCUUCGAGCCGAGAGUGGAGAUCACCGUCUAAGUGUUUAUCAGUGUGUGACUACUGUGUUAAUUAAGGAGCGUAGUUUUGGUUUGGCUCCUUGCUUGUGUGAUUGAUUUCUUCAUGUGGAUCGUCUGUAUGGUCUGUUCCAGAGAUUUCAGGUUGUUUUUGCGAGAUUAAAUUUCAGAUUGUUUCGUGGUAGUAUUUACCAAGUCCUAAAGCUCUUUGUACUGACAAUUCUUUGAGUUCUUUGGAAGUUCAUGACUUUUGUGUCCAGUGCAAGCUGAAGUUCUAUGCCAUGGAGAAAGCAAAUGCAGUGUUGGGAACCUUCUCUUCAGAACAAGAAGUAAAAGG